AGCCAGGCCUUUGCACUGGUUGUGAUCACUUUACAAGUUUUCUCCAGAUUCCUCCUGACAAAAUUUUGGUGCCAUGGAUUGCCUGCAAGACUGGCCCGAACCGGUUGUUCCGGUCCAGUCCCUGUCGGAGAGCGGCGCCCCUGCCAUCCCCGACCGGUACAUCAAGCCGCCAUCCGAUCGCCCAUCGUUGGACUCCGCCACUGACGAAAACAUCCUCGGCAUCCCGGUCAUCGACCUCGGAGGGCUGUCGGAGGGGGCGCUCGAGUGCCGCGCCACCAUGAAGGCCAUAUCCGAUGCUUGCCGGGAGUGGGGGUUCUUCCAGGUGGUGAACCAUGGGAUCAGCCAUGAGGUCAUGGAAAAGAUCCAGGAAGUGUGGAGAGGGUUCUUCCACCUCCCCAUGGAGGCCAAGAAGGCCUACGCCAACUCCCCGACGACCUACGAGGGCUACGGCAGCCGCGUCGGUGUGCAGAAGGAUGCCAUUCUGGACUGGGGUGACUACUACUUCCUCCAGUAUCUUCCUUCUUCCGUGAAGAACCAUAACAAAUGGCCUGGCCUGCCAACUCCCAUCAGGUUGAUGGAGUUGCAUCAGGUUCUAAGCAAUGCAAUGUACAAGAGCGUGGAGCACCGGGUUGUGGUGAAUGCGGCGGAGGAGCGGUUGUCCCUUGCCUUCUUCUGCAACCCCAAGAGUGACCUGCCACUGGGUCCGGCUCCUGAGCUCGUGACCCCUAACCGGCCUCCACUCUAUCAGCCCAUGACCUACAACGAGUAUCGUCUGUACAUAAGGAAGAAUGGCCCUGGGGGAAAAACGCAGGUCGAGUCACUGAAGGCCACGUAA